AUGAUUGAGUCAGGGCAGGAGCCCAAGGAUGUGUUCGGUGCCACUAAUAAAGUUGCCAAGGCUCUCCGGGCAGACAAGGAAUUCAGUGCUUUACUCAGCGCCAAGUUGAGUCUUGGUAGUCCGGCAAUGUCAAAUUUUGGUAACCUUUACACCGCCUCUCUCCCAUGUUGGAUUGCUGCCGGUUUUGAAGAGGCCUACACGCGGAAGCUUGACAUUACAAACCACCCAAUGGUAAUCGUUGGCUACGGCUCUGGUGACGCGAGCGAGUCAAUCCCGAUGAUUCCAGUGAAGGGAUGGGAAACAGCAGCGUCGAAGAUUAACGUGUCUGCGGCGCUGGAGAACCCCGUGAACCUCACACGAGAACAAUACGAGGGGUUACAUAGUGGAUCGAUGAAGGAGGAUCUCGCCGCAGGGAAACGUAAAAAGGAGUUUGUUGUGGGCCACGUCGGAAGCCGCAACGAGGCAUCCUUCCAGGACAUUGGUAUUGAAUACUACCAGUUUCUUCAGUAA